AUGGCCCAACAAAGCAUAAAGCGGAUGCCACCAAUAAAUCAUGGAGUCUAUAAUAGAGAAAAGAAAAACAUCCAGGAACAACCUGUUUGGCAACGGGCCCCGCUUCACCCAGCAAUGAUUGACAAAGCUCUUGGAAAGCACAUUACGGCUGUCACUUUGAAAUCAACCAUCAAAAGCAACCCUCUCUAUGAUGGGGUCCUUGCCGAUGAUAGUUGGGAGAAAAGGAGAAAUAGUCCAUUGUGGAUGGUCCAAGAUUAUGAUAGGCAUUCCCUCAACUCUAGCCUGCCUUACUAUCUAAAGGAAAAUCCAAACGAUUUACAGUACUGGAUGGAAGAUGUUUACACUCCAGGAUACGAUACCUUGUUGAAAAAGAAAGAGAGAGAAGGAAAACAGUCCAGACACUGUCUUAUCAUGCUCCUUGUAUUGCUAGUUGGCACCGUGAUAGCUGCUGUAACAGCCUGCAUCGUGUUUAUCUGAUAAGCCAAAUCCAGCUA